AUGCUCGCCCUCCUCUUCCUUGCCCCCUUCGCGGUCGCUCAGACUGCCGUCUUCCCAUCCGAGUGCCUCACCCCCUGCAUGAAGUUUUCCGAGCAGUUUACCAAGUGUGCUCCGAACAUGAACAACGAGACUGGGUACUACAAGUGCCUCGAGCCGCUUUGCCCUGGGGGCGACAUGUACAACGACGCGCAGGCGUGCAUCAAGUGCAUCGGUAACGGCCAGGGCAUGGAUGCUUGGUCGGGCGUGGAGAUUGCCUGCAAGUACAUUGGCAAGGGCUCCUCGGCCUCCUCGGCCUCCUCAGACACCAACAGUACUGCGUCCACCGCCGAUGUAAAGGGAUCGGCAUCGGCCGCCACCCCCACCGGUGCCAAGAGCGACGCCGGCGCGGUCCGCGCCCCCGUGUACGCGCUUGUUGGUAUCGCCGGAGCUGCCAUCCUCGAUGGCCUCAUCUAG